UAAGCACAAGCAACGAAAAUAAUAACUGUCAGUUAAAACAGUUAAAACAGUUAAACAGGAAAUGGGAGGCGUGCCAUGAGAAACUGUUGUCUGUGUGUGCGUGCCUGUGUGUGCGUGUCUGUAUGUGUGUGUGUGCGCGUGCAGAAUAUUUUACAUAAGCAGCGCAGCAUGGGAAGCAACGGGAACAGUGGCAUCAACAGCAGCAGCAGAGCAAACGGCCACCUGCGGCUAAUUGGCGGCUACCCUACAAAGGGUUCUUUUAUAUAACUGUAAGCGCCAUGGCCCCGGCAACGUGACGGCUAAAAACGUAAAGCGUUCAACGUGAAAAGUGAAACGUGCAAUGUGAAACUUGCCUGCAAGCAUGCGAAAGUCUUUUACAAAGCAACAGCAGCAACAGCAACAGCAACAACAAUAACAAUAACAACAACAAUAACAACAACAAUAACAACAACGAACUGAGAGCUAAACAAUGUCCAACUUCUUGAAGCCCAACACGCUGCACGUGGACAGCCUGAGUCCGCGACAUCGCAGUCUGAGCAGCGGCCUCAGCAGCGGCCUGAGCAGCGCCUGUAGUUCGGGCAGCGUCUCGCCCGUGCCCAUCAUUCCGAUCAUUGCGAUAAGCCGCAUUCGCGAUGGUGACGAGUCCGAGUCUGAGUCGGAAAUUGAAUUGGAACCGGCCCGCAUAUUUCAUCGACGCAUGUCCAUCAACAACAGUGGCAACAACAAGCGCAGCACCAAUCUGGCGUCCAUUAUCAAGGAGGGCUAUCUGCUGAAGCACACUUGGUCCUUUCAACGCUGGCGUCGACGCUAUUUUCGCUUGAAGCGUAAUCAUCUAUAUUAUGCCAAGGAUGCUAAGUGCGAUGUAUUCGAUGAGAUUGACCUAUCGGAAUUGUGUUAUUUUGAGUGCAGCAUUAAAAACGUAAAUCACAGUUUUCAGAUAAUCACACCAACUCGGUCUGUGGUGCUCUGCGCCGACUCCAGACGCGACAUGGAGGAUUGGCUGGGCUCGCUAAAAGCGGCAACGGCGCCGCAACGACCGCGUGGCGAUAGCAUUCUGAUUGAUCAGCAUGAUAUACUAUCGAAUCACCAUCACUGGUAUGCAACCUCGCAUGCCCGACCCACCUACUGCAAUGUGUGCCGGGAUGCGCUCUCUGGCGUCACAUCGCACGGACUCAGCUGCGAGGUGUGCAAAUGCAAGGUGCACAAGCGUUGUGCCGCUAAGGCGAUAGCCAACUGCAAGUGGACAACGUUGGCGACUGUGGGCAAGGAUAUCAUUGAGCAGCCGGAUGGCAGCAUCAUAAUGCCGCAUCAAUGGAUGGAGGGCAAUUUGCCCGUCUCAUCAAUCUGUGCUGUGUGCAAAAAGACCUGCGGCUCAGUGUUGCGUCUGCAGGAUUGGCGUUGCCUCUGGUGCAGGGAUACGGUGCAUGUGGCCUGUCGUCCCCAAAUGGCGAUUGCCUGCCCCAUUGGACCUGCCAAGCUGUCAGUGGUGCCGCCCACGAGUGUGCAUUCAAUCAGCACUGAUGAUGCCUGGGAUGUGGCCAGUCCAAAGGGCAACUUUUCCCCACUGCUCGUCUUUGUCAACUCCAAGUCUGGCGACAAUCAGGGUGUCAAGUUCUUGCGACGCUUCAAGCAGCUACUGAACCCAGCGCAGGUCUUUGAUCUGAUAUCGACGGGUCCUAGUCUGGGCUUGCGUCUCUUUCGGCACUUUGAAAUGUUUCGCAUACUCGUCUGCUCCGGAGACGGUUCCGUCGGCUGGGUGCUCAGCGAAAUUGAUCGAUUUAAUAUGCAUAAACAAUGUCAAGUAGCUGUCAUGCCUUUGGGCACUGGCAAUGAUCUCGCUAGAGUCCUGGGAUGGGGCUCUAGCUGCGAUGAUGACACACAUUUGCCGCAAAUUCUGGAGCGUUAUGAGUCGGCCAGCACUAAAAUGCUGGAUCGCUGGAGCAUAAUGGUGUUUGAGAAGGCCAUCAGUGUGCCCAAGAUACCAAAGAUGUCUAUCACAACGGAACAGGAGGCGGUGCUCACUGGCAUGGUUACAGCGGCCAAUCAGCAUCUACGCUUAAUAGUGGAAACCAACGAUACCCAAACUCUAAUCAGCUCCACGCGCAACUUGUGCGACACCAUUGAUGAUCUGGUCUCGCGCAUUUUUGAGCAUCACAAGGAUGACGAGCAGUUGGCCGUCAAAUGCGACAUCCUUAAACAGAAGCUGACAAUGCUCCUCGAUGCACUGCAGGAGGAAGAGAUUGGGGCGCACAGUGGAGACGAUCUGAUAGCCACCAUACGCAGUCUAAUUGCACGCAGUGUGCCCUCAACGAAUUCCGCUCGUCCAUCGUUGCUCAAUCCCAACAUCUCGAUAGAGAAAACCGAAAAGGAUCAUAUUAACUUGAAGGAGCGACGCAGUAGCCGUUCACUGCGCUCCAGCGAGAAGGAGGCACUGCAGUGCCGAGCCAACAGCGUCAAGCGUGCCAUUUACAAUGUGGUGGAGCACUCGGAACCGGGUCGCCCCAAGCGCUAUCAGCGCAAGCUGUCAAUAACACCCUUUGAGGCGCUCAAAAUACCUACAAACUCUGGUGAAUCGACGCCCUGCAGCUCACCGUUGCCCAUAAUACCACCCAUCAAUAUUAUAUCGCCAACAAUGGAGACAUCACGCUUGACCUGCAUCUCACCGUUGCCAGAUACGCGCCGCGAUUCAGUUGAUGAGAACUUCUUCAACAGCAUCAAUUUACCGGCGCCGCGACAAUUUGCUGACAGUCGUCGCAGCUCUGGUGUGCCGGAGGUGAUACAGGAGCUGGAGGAGGGCGCCAACGGGGAGACAAUUUACCGCAUUGGGCGACUCUCGCUGAGCGGCGGCGCCAACAUUGACGAUGCUGGCAAUCGACUAUCGCCAGUCAGCGAUGGCGGCGAUAAUUCGCCCAUCGAUCGCAAAUUGGACUUUCUACGUGUGCCGAUCAUCACAAGCGAUUCGAUUGUGGAUCCACUCUCCGACUAUCGACCCAUUGAGGUAUUCGAGCGCACCUACUAUAUGGCACGCGAACUAGAUAAAGAUAAAGAUAAAGAGCGAAAGCAGGAUGUGGUACUCGAUGGAGAAAAGGAGGAGGAUGCGGGCGUCAAUGAGAAGUGCGAAGAGCAAACGUUGCAUCCACAGAACACCCUGGUGCACACUUGUAACCUGCAGGUACCCGGCAUUGUCGUAACCCCCCAAUCCCAAAACGUUUACACAAGCGAUAGCAUAACAAUCAUUGACACCGAUCAACAGUCCAACACUCUGCAGGAACAGUCAUCAUCGGAGGAGCUGGGAUGCGAUGCUAGCGAUGUUCUUUCCGCCAUUAGCAAUGAGGAAUGCAGCGUUGCUUCCGAGAUAUUCGAUAAGGCCGAAACGGGUCAUACCCUAGGCGAUAUUAUUCAGAAUCUCGAUGCCAGCAACUUUACGCACAUUGACUCGCCGGAAACGAGCGAUGAGACGGAGGCAAUGCCCGGCGAGAGUUUAAUGGAUGACAUUAGCUCUGUGCUGGGACAUGAUAUAACCAAUGCACUACAGGACAACACCAUAACGGAUGACACCACCACCCUCUGCUCCGAGCAUAUGGGUCCACCAAAGCCGCCACGCAAGAAAUCGAUGAGCGCGUUGAGUAAAUCGCAAAUACAUCCGCGCAGACGAAACUCAUCGCCGCCACGGAUGGCUCGAUUGGCACGCAUGGACAGCGAUGAUAAUCCGCAGCAGUUUGGCUUCGAGAAUAUUGUAUUCGAGAUUGAUAAUCGCUGUGAUGAUCAGAAGAUGAGGGAGCCACCGCGUUACUGCAGCCUGGCCCAGUUCGUGGAAGGUAACGAUAUAGCGCGUCAGAGUUUCAAGCAGCUAAUGCUUGAAUGCAAUAGCAACAACAACAGCAACAACAACAGCAACAGCAAUAGCAACAACAAUAACCACAACGACGGCAACUCUAAUGAUGAGCCGGAGACGCCCACAAACACGGUCAUAACUCUGGCCCAUUCACAAUUGACAACGACUUCGACUAGCGAUGAACUGGAUGAGCUAUCAACGCAAACUGCUAUCAAAAUAGAAAUACACGAUGCUGAUAGCAGCACAAUGUGCACCACAACAGCAACAACGAAGCCACUUGAAUCGGCAAUGGCCUCAUCGACAUCGCCCACGAAGAGAUCGGGCCUUGGACAAGAUGUAAAGCGCAUUACUUUUGAUGAGUCGUGUAAGAAAGAAUCCUUUGAUGAUGUAAAUCCCAACUAUCCACAGAUAAGUGUUGUUGUAAGACCGCCAACGCCGUUGCGCGGCGAUUCCAUAAAACCGACACCGUCAUCGUCAUCCAUACUGUCGUCGUCACUGCUCGGUGUGCGCAGCCUGAACUCCUCGGAGAUCAGACGGCAUUCGAGUCAUGCGCCCAGCUUAGCGGUGCGCGAAUAUGACAAGGAUAAAGAUCGUCGCCAUUCCGGUUUCAAUCCGAAUUAUCUAGCAUUGGAUCCGGAGCAUGCGCGCUUCCUCAGCAGUUCACCGGCGGCUAGUCGUAGAAUUAGCUGUGGCAGCCUCUUCAAGAAAAACCAAAAAUAUUACACUAAACGCACCUAUGGACUGUUCAGAGUGCGUUUCUUUGUGGUCGCCGAACCAGAUAUACGGCUGGCAACUCUGGCGCUAAUUAGGCCUCUAAUACCGCUGCCGAACGAAGCUUUGCCCAAUCUGCAGACGCUCAAGGGCUCCAAAUCGAGCCUAUUUAUGGGAUCCACACUCUUCGGCUUCGAGCACUUUAGCGAUAAGGAGGAAAGACAGGGCAAGGAUAAAGAGAGGACACCUCCAGAAGAGACCAGUCGCAAGAUGCCCAUUAUCAAUCCCAUUGUUCGCUUGCCCAAUUGGCCAAAUCUGGCCAAUGGCACUGGCUUCAUAUCGAAAUGUCUGCUCGCCAAUGCGGACACCUUAUGCGCUGCUGUAAGCCCCCUGAUGGACCCAGAUGAAACACUCCUGGCUGGCUACCACGAAAAAUGUGUGAUGAACAACUACUUUGGUAUUGGCAUCGAUGCUAAAAUCUCGCUGGACUUUCACAACAAGCGGGAGGAGCAUCCGGAAAAGUGUCGUUCCCGAGCGAGGAACUACAUGUGGUAUGGAGUGCUCGGCUCCAAGCAGUUGUUGCAGAAGACCUGCAAGAAUCUGGAGCAGCGUGUGCAGCUGGAGUGCGAUGGUCAGCGCAUACCGUUACCCGAAUUACAGGGUAUUGUCAUCUUGAACAUACCCAGCUUUAUGGGCGGCACCAAUUUCUGGGGCAGCAGCACGAAGAAGGAUGAUAUCUUCCUGCCGCCCAGCUUCGAUGAUCGCGUGCUGGAGGUGGUCGCCGUUUUUGGAUCCGUGCAAAUGGCUGCGUCACGUUUAAUCAAUCUACAGCAUCAUCGCAUUGCCCAGUGUCAGAGCGUACAGAUUAAUAUACUGGGCGACGAGGAGAUACCCAUUCAGGUCGAUGGCGAAGCCUGGCUACAGCCACCAGGCAUGAUACGCAUCCUUCACAAGAAUCGUGUACAGAUGCUAUGUCGCAAUCGCAGCCUGGAGGUAUCGCUGAAGAGCUGGCAGGAGAAGCAACGCCAACAUAGCAUUUCCAUACAGCGCGACGCCUCCUCGACAGCCUCCGAGCAUGCCGUCUCCACGGACGACGUCAUAUCGGAGCGGGAGUGCUAUGUACUGCUCAAUUUCAUCGAGGCCGUCAGUUCGCUUGUGAAGUGGGUCAAAUUCCUGAUCAUCUCGCAUCCGGCACUGCAGCAUGAUCUUUACGAGGUGGCCUGUCGCGCCAGCGAGGCCUUGGAGUCCAUACAUCCGCAGGGCAAGCUACUCGAGGGUCCCUCCCUGCGCACCAAAUUGGUGGAAGUCAUUGAUUCGUCACGUCAACUGUACGAUGAUGCCUGCACCCUGUUGCGAGAUCGUGGACACAGCUUGAUACUACGCGAGGAUCUGGAGACCAAGCUAAGCGCUGCGCUGGCCAACAUGGAAAUGGAGCUGAAGAAGUGCUCUGUGCAGAAAUGCAUUGAUGGCAAACUGCGCGCUUACUUUAAUGUUCUGGCCCCCAAUGAGGAGUCCGAUGGUCGUCGUAAGUCACGUCCGUUUUGGGUACGAUUGCGAUCCGGUUCCACUGCCGGUCAACAGCAGUUUAAGCCACCGAUGACGAACACACGGGAAGCUGCCAACAACUGGAGCGUCAAUGAGGUGGUUACCUGGCUGGAAACUAUGCAAUUAUCGGAAUAUGUUGAUAGCUUCCUUAAGAACGAUAUUCGCGGCAAAGAGCUGCUCACCCUGGGACGACGCGAUCUCAAGGAUUUGGGCGUGGUAAAAGUGGGUCAUGUGAAGCGCAUACUGCAAGCCAUUAAGGAUCUUAGCGAGAAUUAAGCAAUUUGCAAUUGGUUCCUCACAAUUAACAAUCGGCUAGUACAAACUAAAAAGGUAGUCUUCGAAAAUAUCUACUCAGAGAGGCGUUUUCUGUGCUUGGUUUAGGAUAUGUGGGCGUGGCUGUUUAGUGUAUUAAGCGAGCUAUUAGCAUGUUAAUACUAUAUAUGGGAUAAAUGCAUACAACAAUCACUAUUUAUAGACUAGCUUAGCUAGAAGUUGAAAACCAAAUCUAUAAUGUAAAAACCACAAACGAAACAAAUAUUUAUGUAUCUGUUUUCACAACUAAACAAAACAUACUCUAUACAUACUAUACUAACUUAUUUUUUCAACAACAUAUAUAUGUAUAUAUACAUGCACACAUAUGUAUAUAUCCCAAUUCUGUUCCUUUUCCGUUCUAGUCACUUAAGCGAACUGAAUUUAAUUUUUGGAUAUGUACUUAUAUACAUUACAUACAUACAGGCGGGAUGCAUGUAAAAAAUUAAUUUAAUUGGCAGUUAAACGAAUUUAAAUGUAGUGGCACAUGCAACAACUAAUUUACAAAAACAAAAAGAAAUUAGUUUUUAGGUACAGUUUGAAAUUCAAUUUACGCUUAGCAAAACGGAAACCACAUACAAAUACCCCAAUCAAAAAAAAAAAAAAAAUCAAAGAACAUCUAAAGAUUAUUCUAAAUUGAUAAGCAAUUUCAAUUUUACAAUUGUAAAACCUAAAAGACAAGCAUAUAUACAUAUAAACCAACAAAAAAAAAAAAGCAUAAACUUGGCAUAUUAUUAAUUAUAGUUAAUCGCAACUAAACUUAAAUGUUUACCUGCCCCCAACCCCCCACUUUAGUAACCAAGCAAAUAUUAUAAGUAACAAAGAAAAGUCUGUUAACUGUGUCAUUUUAUUGUGUAUAAUCAAAAAAAGAAAUGCAACUCUUAACUGGUUUAUUUAAAUUAAUUUUAAUUUAGCUCUUAAGCUUAAAUUUAAGCAUAAGGGUAUAAUUUGGUGCGGGGCGCCGGCGCCCUAUUUAUUUAGUACAUUUGGUACUUCAAAAAAAAACUUAGCUAGCAUGGAGCACAGUGUCUUGUGCUUAAGACCUUUUUGGAAUACCUUUUAAUUGUUUACUAAACCGGUAACAACUUUUGUCUUAGCUGAUAUGUUUAAGAAAUUGUGCUACAUUUUGAUAGUUACCUAUUUUCAAUUAGCAAGUGUAUUUAUACGACUACAUAGCAUAUACACAUAUAUAUAUGUAUAUA